AUGGUUUAUGAUGUUGAGAGGCAGAAUAGGGAUUGGAGGAGGCUUCAGUACGAGCAUGAGGUUGGGAACAAUCCUCUAAAUUACGAUUCCUGGACUGGUUACAUACGGCUAGAAGAAGAUAGUGCUCCAGCUCCAGCCAAUAAGCACAGAAUUAGAGAGCUCUAUGCCAGAGCUUUAGCUAAUGUUCCUCCGCUUUGCAAGCUGCUUUGGAAGCGCUAUGUUGAUUUUUGGAUCGACUAUGCACGGUAUGAGGAAUUUGUUGCUGCUGGAGGAGAUGCCGUGGAACGAACCAGACAAGCGUAUAGGCAGUGCCUUGAAUUGAUUCCUCAUACCAAGUUUUCGUUUGCGAAAGCAUGGCUUCAUGCGGCCCAGUUUGAGAUUCGACAGCUGAAUCUCGAGGGGGCGCGCAAGAUCCUCGGCGCGUCAAUAGGCUGUGCACCUAAAGCUGCAAUAUUUGACAAGUACAUAGAGAUGGAGCUGAGACUUGGGAAUGUAGAUCGAUGUCGGAAACUGUAUGAGAAUUAUCUGGAUUGGUCACCACGGAAUAGCAAUAAUUGGGUCAAGUACGCAGAGCUAGAGAAGACUCUGGGUGAGGAAGAACGAGCAAGGGGGAUUUUCGAACUUGCCAUUGGGCAGCCGCAACUUGACAAGCCUGGAUUGUUGUGGAAGGCUUACAUUGACUUUGAGAGAUGGGAGGGUGAGGUUGAGAGAGCUAGACAGAUUUACGAGAGACUCUUAGACCGGACACAGCACCUAAAGGUGUGGAUCAGCUAUGCAAAAUUUGAGGCACAAGGUCAUCAAUCCAAGGAUUCUCUUGUUGCACAAGGAAGAGAGGAACAAUGUGUAUGCAUUCAGCGUUGUAGAGGGGUUUUCGAGAGAGCUGUCAAGUACUUGGAUAAGAAUAAUAAAUUGAAGGUAGAAAGGUUGAUGUUGCUAAAAGAAUGGUUGAUAAUGGAGACUAGCUUUGGGGAUAUGGGUGAUGUUAGCCUAGUUAAAGCUAAGUUUCCAAUGAAUUCAAUGCGAAGAGGAAGAGGCCUUGCAUCCCCUCUCCCUCUCCGUUGUUCUCAUCAAUACUUGUCCAGAAAGUAA